CCAGGUCGGCGCUGCGCUGCCGCUCCUUCGGCGGAUGUAACAGAGCCCGUAACUUACAGCUGCAGCUCGACCAGCGGGAUGAAACGCUCCUCACCAGUUUGAAGAAUGAAUCAUGGGACAUCGUUACUGUGGAAACGACGGAGUGAGCCAGCGCUAGUUAAAGCCCAUAAUGAUGCUCCAGGAUGGAUCAACGCAGCUGCUCUGUCUCACGGCCAGCAGCGGGGUUCCUCUUUUUACAAGGGGGGCCUCCAAACAGCUGCCUUUCUCUGUCAUCGGCUCCCUGAAUGGGGUUCACAUGUUCGGGGGCGGUCAGGGAGUGGUACUGUCCGGCUGCGAGACUGAAGGUGGAGGCAAGGUCGUGUGGAGGGUCUUCCAGGACAGCGUGAUGCUCAUCGCUGUGAAUGGAGGGGGACAAGGUGGCGUGGGCUGCAGCAGGGAGGAGGAGGUUCGGCUGCAGCGCCUCCUGGAGAAUGUGUGGAACUGCAUGGUGCUGGUUUUGGGGCAGGAUGAGCUGGCCAACAUAAGGAACGUGGAGCGGCUGAAGAGGGACCUGCGCUCCUGCUUCGGCCUCAUCGAUCAGAUGCUGGAGGAGAGGCAGGAGGGCGUCUUGGGCAGCCUGACACACUGCGCCGAUUUACUGCUGCCUCCCAACCCCACUCUCCUUCAAGAGGCCGUGGACGGCUUUGCUGAGGCUGCAGACAGCGAGUUCGGCUGUCUCAUCAUCCACGGGCGAAUAGCUGCAGCCACCGAGAAGUGGUGGCGUUUAGCACCUCAGGAGGUUGUGCUGCUUUCAGCGUUAAUCCGGUCCCUCUCGGACUCCGCUUCUGCCUCGUGUGAUUAUCCAGUCUUCCUUCCUCAUGGCAGCCCCACCGUGGCCCACCGCCUGCUCCGCUUCCAGCUGCUGCCGGGGGCAGAUGUGUGCGUGCUGUGCGGGCCCAGCCCUUCCCUGCACACAGCCGAGACUGGGCUGGUGGGCCGCUUCUGGGCACCCCUGGUGGAGACCCUGAGAGACUGCCUCGCUGUCGGGGAGCGCUGCGUGCCGCAGGCCGUCAACCUGCGGCCCGACGUGCUCGCACUCCUUCUCAUUAACCGGGAAACUCGCCGUUCCGUCUCCUCUGUGCUCCAUCCACUCGCAGACGCUCCUCCGCCCUCGAAGGCUCGCUGCUGGGAGCUACUGAAGCUCUUCUACAUAUUCAGCACCACACGCUACUUCACGCAGGAGGAGUCUGUGUGCGUCUCCACGGAGGAGAGCGGUCCGAGAGGCCGUGCCAAUGACUUUGCCCGUGGAUUCUCCCACCAGCCACUACAGUGCUAUCUAGUCACAGAAGAAUGCAAAAGCUAUGCACUGCAGACACCGCAGCACCAGCUCUUCCUGCUCUUCCCACCAUCAGUGCCCACCUUUGUACUGCGCACAGCAGCCACACAGACGCUCUCUGAUGUAGUUGCAGCUACUGGGUUAUAAUGGAAGUGUUGACCUUGUUAUCAGUUAUUGUGACUUCUGUGCUAUGUUUACUGAUGAUUAUAAGCGCAUGGAGAACACUAGAGCCAAGGCUGUGUCUUUAGUAGCAGUUAAAGCCAGUCUGAGUUUCCCUUUUAGAAUCUGGUUACUGAGUGACGCUUAAUCAAACUGUGUUGGUAAAUCACAUGCAAAUUAUACACUGGGCUAAACGUGUAUAUUGUUUGUUUGACAGUAAUUUAACUUUGAAUCCAAAUAACUUGUUUGGUUGCAGUAAUAUAGAAAGUAACAAACUAUAUUUUACAAUAUCUCUGACUGAUUCAUAUUUUCUUACGGCUGGUGAUGUAAUACUUUAAAUAAGGUUAAGCUUUGUAGUACACGUUUCACUGUACAAUAGUAAUGUAUUAAUGUUUUUCCAUGUCUGACACUCAUUUUGAGCAAUAUGGCUAAAGUAGAGUGUUUUUAGAUUAAUUAAUUAAUAAAAAGCCACUGAGUUUUAAGUAUAGUCA